AUGGCGAACCAGCAAGCCAACACCACUCAGUUCACCACUGCAUCUUCUGUGGACCAACUUCAGAAAAUCGGCGCAGGCCAUUGCGGUUCCGUUUGGGCCGUUGCUCCGACCACCCAACCAUGCAAUUCCUCGACAACUCCAGCCCUGGUCAUCAAAAGGGAAGACUGUGGCGAAGGUCGAUCAAUCACUCACGAGUAUGACAUGCAUCUACACAUCAUCAAGAGUCUUCAAACGCCUCGCGUACCAGAGGUUUUCCGGAAGCUUCGAGUCAACAUUCCACGAUGCGAAGGGUUCCUCAGUAACGAUGCAUCCGUCUGGCCUCAAGUCCUGCCGAGGCUUCCCAAGAAUCACACCUCAUGCAACGCACUCAUCAGCGAGAAGAUUCCACCGAUGCCUCGCCACAUCCGCAAACUUUUGGCCACAACUCUAGGCUUUGGGACCGACCCAGACGCCGUUGCUGAUGACGCAAGCAACUCACAUUGUCUCGUCCGGCCUUAUAUGGGCCGCCGAAAGAACAACCACGACACCUACCAGAACCGGCCAACGAGUUUCAGAUUCUACAGUCUCAGGAACUUACCACUUUCUGUUGACAUCAUGGAGGGUCUCGGUUUGGAUCUUGACAGUUACGCUUUGGCAAUGGCAGACGCUCUCGCCUUUCUGUACUGGACUGCCAAGGUCGAUGCAAACGACGUCGAGUUUGCGCUGGCGCAACAUCGGGAAUCCGCCUUCGAAACCAAUCAACCCGUUGCACCGAGCUUGGGAAUCACGAGCUUUUACUCGGAAGCCUUCGGAUCACACAGCAUGUGGAUACUAGAUUUUGACUGCUGUCGAGAAAUGACCAUGGACGAAGCUGGCAUCAGACAAGCUUGCAGAAGCUUCUGGCGAAAUGACCCUUACUACCCGCGCCCAUCGCGCCCAGGCAGCAACGGCGACCCUGAAGACCAAAGACUCUGGGGUGUUUUCCAAGACCGGUUCUUGGAGACGAGCGACCGGCUCCUUCAAGAUGAGGAGGACAGUGUCAGACAGCUCCCGAGACAGCUUGUCAAUUUGAUCCUGCAAACAAAGGGAAUGUUCAAUAAGGGAACCGAAUUCUGGUAG